AUGUCUACUCUGCUAUCUUCAUAUGAACAAGAAUUUAAAACAACUUUAAAUCAAACAGUUGAUAACAUAUCUAUUGCCGACACACAAUCAUUACCACAAAGAAAUUCUACAUUAAAACAAAUUGAGAUUCAAAAAGAUGAAUUAAUUGAUCUGUUAGAUCAAAUAGAUAUUGAAAUCAACAAUUCUAUAAUAAACUCAAAUGAAAAAGCUAAUUGGAAAUCCAAAUUAAGGAAUUAUAAAACUGAAUUAAAUGAAAAAAUUACCGCUAAAUUUAACGAUUUAAUGGACUUAAAUGAUAGAGAUAGGCUGUUUGGCGGUGCAUCUUUCAACAUGGAUAAUGAUGGUGAACUACCUGACAAUUGGAACUCAUUGUCAGAUGAACAAAAGCAACAAUUAAUUAAAAAUCAUUCGAUUCUUCAGAAAACAGGAGAAAGAUUACGUGACUCCACAAGAAUAGCUAAUGAAACAGAAAAUAUUGGCUCUCAAAUUAUGAAUGAUUUAAGGUCUCAGCGUGAAACCCUUGAAAAUGCAAGAUCAACGCUGUUCCAAGCUGAUUCAUAUGUUGAUAAAAGUAUAAAGACUUUAAAGACAAUGUCAAGAAGAUUGGUGGCAAAUAAGUUUAUUAGUUACGCUAUCAUUGCAGUUUUAAUUCUAUUAAUAUUAUUAGUGUUAUUUGCAAAAUUCAAGUAA